UUAACUUUUUUCCCCUGAUUUUUGUCUGCUUGCAUUUUAGUGCAUUCUUUGAUAUGAAUUAGGCUACUUAUCACAAAAUCAGAAAUGUCAUUCCCAGAAAAUUUAUUUAUAUCGCAAUACCUGAAUUUUUGCAUAUCCACUUGUCUUGUCUUGAUUUCAUUUUCAUUAGCCACCAGAGUUUCUAUGUCUUAUCUUAGACCUACACAAAAUGGAGGGUUCAGGAAUUUCUUGCUCUAAUGUCAUCUAACAGAACACACAUUAAAUGGCUUACUGGCUGCAGAAUGAUGAUAUCUCUUCUCUUUAUGUCACAUAAAUGCAUAACUCUUGACUUAGAAAAAACAACUAAAUAAUUCUUAUUGCACAACUCAGUUGAAACUACUUCUAUUCAAACCCACUUGGAAUUAUAGGUUAGUUUCAUUUUAAAUUAUUUUGUGGUGCCAUUUCCUUAUUCAUCUUAAAUUAAGAGAAAACAUGCGUCAAAACCGUAAACAUCACCUGACCUGACAAACCUUUUCCCAGACUACCUGUAUGACGUCAACUCCUGCUGCAACGUCUGCUGAUAGGUGUUUGCAAAAUGGGCGUCGUUAACGUCGCCUACACGUCCAAGGUUCCUCAAAGACUUUGCACUAAACAGUCACCACUGGAGAUAGAAUCAACGUCGUAGAGUGCGAGAAAUAGUAAGACAAAGGCAAUGGUUUAUUUCAAAUCUUCAGUACAUUCAAUAUGACACUAUGGCAUCCAUUUCGAAUGACCAGAAUACACAGCCCACCCCUCAGCUGCUUUCAGUGGGAGAAAAGGAUAGAAAAAGGCUCUUGGAGGUGUAUGUAAAGCGAAGUCUCAGCCUUAACGAUGGAUUACAGUGUCCUCUGAGACAGGAGCAAAGAUCACGCAAAUCGGUUGCCAUCAAAGAGCGCAAGACAAGAGAUCGCAAACAUUCCAGCGAUACAUCUCUGAACUUGACUUCACAAGCCUCCAUCUCAGAUGAGGACAUUAGAUAUGAGCCCGUCGCUGAACCACCAGUGGAUAAAAAGGAGACAUCGUCUGAGAAGAAAUCCAAAAAGUGGAGAGUUAAAGGGAGUCUGCGCCGCGACGAUGGCUCUAAUGCGUCGCAAAAGUCCAAUAGCAAACCCAAGAAGAAGUUUCUACUUUUGGGCAAGGAGGAAGGCACUGAUGCUUUAUCCCCCCAAACAAGUACAGUUACUGCUGGAAAUAUACAUUCAGGUGUGCAAGAAAAUCUGGAGACUUCUACAACAGAAAGGAAGGACAAAGAAGGCAAGAAGACGAAGAAACCCACUGUAUGGAAGAGUUUCUUGAGCUGGUUUUCCAAAGGAAACAGUGAAAAGGAGCAAGAUCGUCAGAGAACCGAAGAACAGCUCCCUCUUUCCCAUCCCUCAACACCCCAAAUCUCUUGUUUGCCUUUAGCUGACACCAUAUCAAAAAGCGAUAUCAACCUGCGCCGUUCAAAAUCUACGAAAAAGAAAUCUUUGCACAGGAGAUCAUUAAAAUGGAGGCGAAGUGGAGACAUGUCCAGUGAAAAAUCUGUUAAGAUGGUGGAACCCACUAACUCAUACUAUGAGAAAAUGUCAGAGGAACUGGAGAAAAUUGUGCAUGAAGUGAAAGACAGUCCAGGCGAUGACAAUGCCGCUCAAAUAACAGACCAGAAUGGUGUAAAUGUCUCACAGGAAGAGGCUAUCAGGAAAAUCAUAGAAAUUAUAAAACAGCAAGGAGACUUAAUAAAUAUCAAGCUGAAAGAGAACAGCACCGUAACGCUUAUCUGAAUGGAAUCACCUAUAGAUCCUUCCAGCAAAUGGCUGAUCAAUACGUGCAGUCAGAAGUUCCCAAUAACAAAACCCAGCCGCCUGUCGUGGCACCAGAGCUGGUGAAGUUCGCCUUCACUCUGGAUUUCACAGCCAGAGUGGCUAAUCUACACCGCCAAACCACGGGCCAAAUCAUGGGCUUCGGGAACCAGUAUCUCCAAGAUCGCUUCACUCACAUGAGCGAGAGCCAUCCGCACCUCUUUGACAUUAAAGCAGAGGAUCGGAAAACACAGAACUCUGAACAAGAAUUCAUAAGCUUGUAGAAGCAUGAGCUUCUAGUUGAAAUAGUUUUACUGCUUGAUUUACCUUUGAAAUGUAGCAACACAAAACAAAGCCAUAGAAGGAUUUUAAAAUAGGAUUUGUUUUUUGUUUAAUUUUGCACAAUAACACACACCAUAAAGAACUGGGUUGGUAAUAUCAUAAAACAUUAAUGUGAAAUGUUACAUAGUUUUACAUCAUAAAAAACCCUGUAAGAGAAAUCAAAAAUGUGAUUUUUUUUUUGUUGACAAAUUAUGAUGUAUUUGCACAACUGCAAUCAUUGUUUUAUUUACAUAAUGUAUUUUUUUAAUCUAUGUAUUAUAACUCAAAUUUAUAAGCUUUACUCACUAAGCACACACACACACACAUAUAUAUAU